UGCUUGUAAUGUUUUGUAGUGGUUAAAAAAAGAUCACAAAAAGCACCUUUUGAACUUUAAACCUCAGUCACUGUAGUUUGGUAUAGAAGUAAGAGAAAAAGAGAGGUAGCCUGAGUUCACAUAACACAUAAUGGUGUAUUCUAAUUAUGCACAUGGCCCUGUGGACAUAUGAGGCCAAGAUUCACUUGUAUCAGAGUGAUAGCAACAGCAAAGUCUGGGGGCCAAAAUUAACUUUCCAUGAUCCAAAACACUCGUCGGUAAAACAUGGAGGCAGGGUUGUUAUGGUUCGGGUAUGUAUGGAUGCCACUGGUACUGGCUCGCUUGUCAUCAAUGAUGAUGUAACUGACAGAAACAGCAGAAUGAAUUUUGAAGUGUACAGAAGCAUCUUAUCUGCGGUUCAGGCAAAUGCUUCCAAACUCGUUGGAUAGCGCAACAACAAAGGAGUUACUGGUAAAGCAACAAAGUAGGUUUUCAAAGCCAAAAAUUGGAAAACUCUUGACUGACAAAGUUAGUCACCCGAACCAAAUCAAAUUGAAUAUGUGUUUCAUAUGCUAAAGAAAAAACUUAAGGCAACCGGCCCAAAAUAAGGUUGAGCUGAAGAUGGCUGCAGUACAGGCAUCAGGUUCACCAGAGAGGAUACUCAGCAUGUGGUGAUGUCUGUGGGUCACAGACUUCAAUCAGUCAUUGCAUGUGACAAAGUACUAAACAUGACUGCUUUCAUUUAGAUAGCAUUAAUAUGGCCCAGACGUUAUGUUGCCCUGAAAUAGGGGGGCUAUGUAGAGUGCUGCAUGGUUCACUAAAUUUCUACAUGGUGAAACCAAAGUGUGUAAAAUACCCUCCAAUACAAGAUUUGUAAGUACAGAGGCAAAUCAAGAAAAAAUGUCUUUGUCCCAAACAUUAUGGAGCUCAAUGUAGCUCUUGCAGUUGCAUCAACUAAAAUGUAAAGUAAAAUUGUGUAGUUAGAUUAAAUAAGGUAAUUCAUUGUUUAUGGAAAUAAUCUGAAUUGUGGUGCAGUAUUAAUCAAAUUUCAUAGGGUAGGCUGUAUUUUUGGUUUGCAUUUUUCUUUUUUAUUGAUCAGAUAAUCUGACCAUAUGGCAUGAUCACUGAAUUUUUCUUGCGCUGGUCUCACAUAUUUCACAAGUACUUUCGUGAUUAUGCCGUCUGUGGGGUAAAGACCACAUCUGUGUGCGUGUAUACGUCUGUGUUAAUGUGUUCACGAGCGCAUAAGCGUGUGUGCACAUGCUUGUAAUGUGAAUGCGAAUCUGCCUGUGUAUUGUAUACCUUUACUCUUGAUUUCCCUGAAGGUAGAAUUCUCAUUAAUCAGACCCUAUAAAAUCCCAAUGAGGCGCAAACAGUGUGGAGUUGGAGUUUGGAGGCUGGUGAGCUCUGAUGGGUUUCCUUUUGGGCUUACUCUCGGCGUUGUGUUUGUGCGCGGCGUUUAUGCGAACAGCUAGCGAGCCGGAGGACUGCGCGCGCUGGGAUGAUCUGGACACCGCCGUGGUCCACAAAGAUGGCCACGUGGUUCUGGCAGGCAUGUUCCCCAUUCACUCCAAAGGUGUGGAGCAGGAGCAUGCGUACAAGCAGAGGCCGGGGAGAAGGAAGUGCCGAGGGUUUAAUCUCCGUGUGUUCCGGUGGUCCCAAGCGAUGAUAUUCUUCAUCGAGGAGAUUAACAGGAACCCAGCCCUCCUACCCAACAUCACGCUGGGCUACAGAUUGUAUGACACCUGUGGGCUGGAGCAGCUUUCGGUGAGGACAGCCCUGUCUGUCAUCUCGCAGCCCCUCAAGAGCUGGGGAGGGAGGUGCGUGUCUCCCAGCCUGCCCCUCAUCAUUGGGGACUCGGGCUCCACGCUGUCCAUGGCCAUCUCCCGUGUACUCAACCUUAACAGCGUCCCUCUGGUGAGCUACUUUGCCUCAUGCGCAUGUCUGAGUGACAAGCGUCAGUUUCCAUAUUUUUUCCGCACAAUCCCGAGUGACGUGAACCAGGCUGACGCCCUGGCCCGCCUGGUGCGUCACUUUGGGUGGACCUGGGUGGGCACCAUGGGGGCAGACGACGACUACGGACGCACGGGCAUCGACAUGUUCACGGCCGAGGUGACCAAAUUGGGCGUGUGCGUGGCUUUCAGGGUGAUUAUCCCCAAGCUGCCAUCCAGCGAAAGCAUGCGUGAGAUUGUUACGAUAAUACGUGACUCCACUGCUACGGUGAUUGUGGCCUUCGCUAUUGAAGAGGACAUCCACCCUGUCAUUCAAGAGAUUGUCCGGCAAAAUGUGACAGGGAAGCAGUGGGUGGCAAGCGAAGCCUGGGUCACGUCCACCCUCAUCUCUACCCGGGAGAACCUUCCCUUCCUGGAUGGGACCAUCGGCUUUGCCAUCCGCAGGGCGGAGAUGCCUGAGUUGAAACAGUUCCUUGAGACCCUCAACCCACUGGCUGAGCCCCACAACCCCUUUGCAAGGGAAUUCUGGGAAAUGCAGUUUCAGUGUUCCCUGAACACAACAGAACCAUUUGCCUCUACCACUGAGUCCACCGCCUAUAACAAUACCUGCACGGGGGCAGAGAGGAUUCAGGACACAGACAGCAUCUACAAUGACGUGUCCCAGCUCAGGGUCACCUAUAACAUGCACAAGGCUGUUUACUCCGUGGCUCACGCCUUGCACAACAUGCUGAUGUGCCAGCAUGGGGGAGGAGGCAGGGGAGGGGCCAGGACACUCACCAGCGGCUGUGCAGACAUACACACACUGCAGCCGUGGCAGAUUGUGCAGUACCUGAAGGAGGUGAGCUACACCAACCUCUUUGGGGACGUUGUUCAUUUUGAUGCGAAUGGUGACCCGGUGGGGUCCUAUGACAUCAUCAACUGGCAGAAGAACGGAGAUGGUUCGGUGAAGUAUGUGACCGUGGGGCGUUUUGACUCCUCCCUGCCGCUCCAGCAACAGUUGGUGUUCAGUCAGAGGGACAUCGUGUGGCACGGUGCGCACAGGGAGGUUCCUGUGUCGGUGUGCUCAGAGACCUGCCCCACCGGCUACAGGAAAGCCUCACGCACAGGACAGCCUGUGUGCUGCUAUGACUGUGUGCUCUGUGCUGAGGGCACCAUCAGCAACUGCACAGAUCAGCCAGAGUGUAUUCCAUGUCCGGAGGACUUCUGGUCCAAUAAGAAACGGGACAGCUGUGUUGUCAAGGAGAUAGAGUUCCUGUCCUACACAGAGUCCUUCGGAAUGGCACUGGCAGCCAUGGCGAUCCUGGGUGCCUUAUCCACUGCAGCGGUGGCGGCCAUUUUCCUGUGGCACAGGCGCAGCCCGAUCGUGCGCGCGAACAACUCGGAGCUGAGCUUCCUCCUGCUGCUGUCGCUGACGUGCUGUUUCCUGUGCGUGCUGACCUUCCUGGGCCGGCCCUCGCACUGGGGCUGCCGGCUCCGCCGCACCUCCUUUGGCAUCAGCUUCGCCCUCUGCCUCUCUUGCCUGCUCAGCAAGACCCUGGUCGUGCUGAUGGCAUUCCAGGCUACGCUGCCCGGCAACAGUGUGGCGCGCUGGUUCGGCCCCACUCAGCAGCGACUGGGCGUGCUGGUCUGCGUCGCUGUGCAGGUCCCUCAGUCUGUCUGCAGCAAGAGCUGCCUCCCUGGAACCCGCAAAGCCAUCAAGCCUCAAUUCCCUGCCUGCUGCUUUGACUGUGUUGCUUGCGCAGCUGGGGAAAUCAGUAAUCAGACAGAUGCCAUAGUGUCUGAAAUACCUACCUGUGUUCUGGUCCAACACAAGAACAGGGCCAGGGAAGAGGUGUGGAACUUCUCAAUCUUGGCAGUUUGACUAGACUGGGCUGCUUUGCUCACAAUGGGGUAUUUCAGAGACAUUCAGUGGAGCGAUUGUUUCCCCUCCAGGGCUGAUACCAUGAUGAAGACCCACAAGGCCACUGGACAAAGCCCAGGGCUUCUGAUAACUCACACUUCUGUCUGCAGCCUGCAGAGUGGAAACUCUGUCUGAUAAAUGUUCAUUGAGAAAUUGAAAUGUGAACCUCAGAGAGGGACAAUGCGGUGUGUUGUGUCCUGAUGGUGACUGGAUUUACAUGUGUGGGGUGGAAUCACAGUGCUGCUCAGAUGAGAGGGGUUCCCACACUGAGCAAACAAAGUUUGCCCUCUCCUGCUUCUAUUCUGUGAUGAUAGAAUGACAAGGAACAGAAAUGUGAGAUGCUUUAUGGUAAAAAAAAAAAAAAAAAAAAGAAUUGAUAUUUUGCUUGAGAA